UAAUUUAUUGCUCACAGGGCACAGAUCCCAAUCUUGGACACGCAUGCUCGUAAGGAUCUGCGCGCACUUCAUGCCCGCUUUGGUGAUGCCAUGCCCCGUAACCACAGCGGCGAUGAAGGCGGCACCGGGCUCUGGAUGAGGACAUCGCCAGGGCACCGUACCGAAGGUUACGGCUUGAAAGAUGUGGAGUCCGGACGCAGGAUGAUGAACAACGCUGGAGACGGUCUGCUGUCCGCCUCAAGUGCCACAGUCGCCGCUGGUUCGGAGAGCCUGAGGAGGAAGCAGGGAGCCCGGCUCAGCCUGCUGGGGAAGCCGCUCAUAUACAGCGCGCAGAGCGGCCGGAGAAACGUGCGCUACCGGAGGCUCCAAAACUACCUGUACAACGUGCUGGAGAGACCGAGAGCCUGGGCUUUCAUCUACCAUGCGUUUGUGUUCAUCCUGGUCUUCAGCUGCCUGGUCCUUUCUGUGUUCUCAACCAUUCCGGCUCAUCAAGACUUCUCGUCCUACUGCCUGCUCAUUCUGGAGUUUGUGAUGAUUGUGGUGUUUGGGUUGGAGUACAUCAUCCGUAUCUGGUCUGCUGGAUGCUGCUGUCGCUACAGAGGAUGGCAGGGACGACUCCGCUUCGCCAGGAAGCCCUUCUGCGUCAUAGACAUCAUAGUGUUGAUAGCGUCGGUGGCAGUGGUGUCAGCGGGCAGCCAGGGCAACAUCUUUGCCACCUCGGUCCUGCGGAGCCUGCGCUUCCUGCAGAUCCUGCGCAUGGUGCGGAUGGACCGGAGAGGAGGCACCUGGAAGCUGCUAGGCUCUGUGGUCUACGCACACAGCAAGGAGCUGGUGACGGCCUGGUACAUCGGCUUCUUGGUCCUCAUCUUCUCCUCGUUCCUCGUCUACCUUGUGGAGAACAAAUUCAACAAGGAGUUUGCUACCUACGCUGAUGCCUUGUGGUGGGGCACAAUCACCCUGACAACCAUCGGCUACGGGGACAAAACACCAAAGACGUGGACAGGACGCAUGCUGUCUGCAGGGUUUGCCCUCCUGGGCAUCUCUUUCUUUGCCUUGCCAGCAGGUAUUCUGGGCUCAGGCUUUGCCCUGAAGGUCCAGGAGCAGCACAGACAGAAGCACUUUGAGAAGAGGAGAAACCCAGCUGCCUGCCUUAUCCAGUGUGUUUGGCGUAGUUAUGCGGCUGAUGAGAACUCGGUUUCCAUUGCUACCUGGAAGCCUCACUUGAAGGCGUUGCAUACCUGCAGCCCUACAAAGAAGGAGCAGGGAGAGUCGGCCACAAGCCAGAAGCUGAGUUUCAAGGAGCGUGUGAGGAUGGCGAGCCCCCGUGGCCAGAGCAUCAAGAGCAGGCAGACCUCGUCAGUGAACGACCGGCGGUCACCGGUGGCCGAGGCUGGCAUGGAGGGCACCAGCCCUGCCAAGGUGCAGAAGAGCUGGAGCUUCAAUGACCGCACCCGUUUCAGACCCUCACUCCGCCUUAAGAGCCAAUCCCGCUCCACCACUGAUGCAGAUUCAAACAUAACAGGGGAGGACGGUUUUGACGAGAAGGGCUGUCACUGCGAGAUCUCCGUGGAAGACCUGCUGCCCUCAGUCAAGUCUGUCAUUAGAGCUGUCAGGAUAAUGAAGUUCCAUGUGGCUAAAAAGAAGUUUAAGGAGACGUUGCGUCCGUAUGAUGUGAAGGAUGUGAUUGAGCAGUACUCUGCUGGUCACUUGGACAUGUUAUGUCGCAUUAAGAGCCUGCAGACUAGGCUGGACAUGAUCGUAGGCCCGCAGCCCCUGAGCAGCCGAGCCAAGACAUUUUCCUCUCCCUCCCUGCCUGUCUAUUACAGCCAGGGCAGAAAGAACUCCACUCAGGGAGUGGAUCAGAUCCUUGGAAAGGGCCAAAUCCCUCUGGAUAAGAAGAUCCGGGAGAAGCUGCUGUCUGAUGGCGACAUACUGGAGGACAUGAGCAUGCUGGGUCGUGUUUGUAAGGUGGAGCGACAGGUCCAGUCCAUUGAGUCCAAGCUGGACUCCCUGCUGGACAUCUAUCGGCAGGUCUUGCGUAAAGGCUCGUCAUCAGCCCUCACCCUCUCCUCUCUGCCUCUGUUUGAGCUUGAGCAGACCUCUGACUACCAGUCCUCUGUCUUUAGUAAGGACCUGUCCUGCUCCACCCAGGUCAGCAGCAGCGGGGUUGCUGCCCCCGGGGGCUGUGUCACACGCUCCUCCACAAAUGCCCACCUCUCCCGGGGUGGGCUCCAUCUCAUCCUGGCACCCCCUAAUGAGCUCAGCCUCAAUCUCAAUGCCUCCACGUCGACACCUCCGUCCGGCCUUGGGUCCUCCUCUUUCAGCCCAUCGCCGCUGCCUCAUCACCAUCAUCAUCACCACCAUCACCAUCCCCAUCAUCACCAUCAUCACCAUAACCAGGCUCAACCCUCAACACCUGAGGGUGGCAAUAACGAGGUAGCGAGCUCCCCGCCGAUCCUCACCCCGAAUAGUAUCCCCAGUGGUGGCGGUGGAGGAGUUGGAGACAGCGGGUUUCCGAUCCUGGCAAGGUUUCCACCACCUCCCCCUCCCAGCCGAAAUGUUGGCUCCACUAAUGCUACCUCUAGGUCUCAGAUAGAGGUGGGGAACUUCUGUGGAGGCUUAGGGGUUCAGAGGGAGGACAGUAGUGUUGGGGAGGACCUUGGCCUCUGCCUUGGCCUAAGUGGGUUGGGGCAUCAAUUAAAAGGCAGUGCCAAAAGCAAUGGCAGGUUGAACGCUAAGGAGGAGGGCUCCUGGAGGAGACAUAUGAGUCUGGAGAUGGAGCCCCUGGUGCCACUGGCUCUGGGCUGCUGCUCAGGUCCCAGCCAGGUGGACCGAGGCCUGGGUAAGUCUAUGUCAGUGCAGGACCUGAUGCAGGCAGCACCUGGGACCGCCCUGGACACCCACCAGAGCCUCGGCCUCUCAUCCCCCAGCCCGAGCACUAGCAGUGACUCCCCCAUUGGCUUCCACCAUGGUAGCCAGGAUCCCGGGGGAGGAAGGAGCGGCGGUGGGGUGGGAGGGACUGGAGGAGGUGGAUGGGGGGAGGAGGACCUCUUUAUCAGCGACCGGGACAUUGAGGCACAGAGCUUUGACUUCCUAUCCCAAGGGAACACUGAGGCACCCUCGUACUCCUCAGAACUCCUGAGGACGGGGGUCCGGGCGGGUGCAGGGUCCCAAGGUUCCCAGCACAGCCUGGCUAGCGGUCACACAUCCACUCCUUCUGCUGGCAGCACCGAGUCGCUCAACAUGCCACAUGUACGGCUAAAAUAGACUCAUCUCCAGGGACGAUAUAAGCGCGCAAAGCUCACCUCACAGAGACGGUUUUUAUCCUUUUUGGAGGGGGGUGGGAGGGAGGGG